UUUGGGUUAUGCUAUCAUCUCAUAGAUGGCGUGACUAGUUCAGUAGUUCUUUCAACUGGAAACAACACAACAUAUGGUGAUCUAAAAAAAUGCAGGAACAAAAUAUUCCUAUCGACAUUCAGACCUCAAAGCUACUUGAUUGGGUGAUAAGUCGACGACAUUGUACAAAAACAUGGCCUCAACAGAUCACUCUGGUUCGUGAAAAAAUUAAUUCUGCUAUUCAGGAUAUGCCAGAACACAAAGGAAUCACUAAGCUUUUGACAGGAACUUAUAUUAACUACUUUCACUGCCUCCAAAUUGUUGAAAUAUUGAAAGAAACUGAAGCCGAUACUAGAAGCUUAUUUGGUCGUUAUGGAUCCCAGAGAAUGAAAGAUUGGCAAGAGGUUGUUCGUUUGUAUGAAAAGGAUAAUGUAUAUCUCGCAGAAGCUGCCCAAAUUCUUAUGAGAAAUGUGGCCUAUGAGAUACCUGGAAUUAAAAAAUCCAUAACAAAAUGUGAGCAAGUUCAACAUGAAUCUGAAAAGAAAGAAAAUGAAUGUGUAAAGAAUGCACAAGAUUUUAGGGAUAAGUACAAGUCACUUUCAAAUCAACUUGGUAUUGAAGGGAAAAACAUCAAGAAUGAGUUAGCUGAUCUACUUUGCAGUUUACCUGAGAUGUACAAGGAUGUGGCUCAACAAGGAAGAAAAACAAAGGAGGCUGCUGCUUUUUAUCGAGAAUUCCUUGGACAGAUGAUUACCGGUAACAGCAAAGUCUCAUGUCUUCCAGUGUUGCAGUACAUCAUUGAAAAUGGCAAUACUACUGUGUACGAGUGGCGUUAUGGCGAACCUCCUUUGCGCAUUGAAGAACCAUCAGUUUUGGUAGCUGAACCCGAGGCUCCCACUACGACUGAUGAUGCUAUUGACUUUGGAGAUGCAGCUAUUGACUUUGGAAGCGAUGACGUGGAAUUGGAAACCGGAGAUAUUGACUGGGGACAAAUCGACAUGCUUCCAGAUGCUCAUGAAGCAACGAUAGAUUUUUCGACAACCGAAGAUGCCGAAUUGGGAAUUGUCGUCCAGGAAGCCGGUGUUGAAGGCGGAGUGGCCAGAGACAUUGAAGCUCUGACGGUUUUGGACUAUCACAAAACUAGAAAUAUGUUUAUCGACGAUCUUGUAGAGUUGGAGGCUUUCUUGAAGCAACGUCUAAUGGAAAUUCAAGCAACUUCCAAAGAGUCCAAGGGUUUCAGUUUCACACAGACACACUCCAGCACCGAGAAGUCUCCCCAACAACUCGAAGAGAUGCUCAGCCAAGUGUUGAGUACGAUCGAUGCUAUAAACAAGCCGAAAUUGAAAAAUUUAGCUCUUAUCCGGGAAUCGCCAAGGUACGUUGAUCGCGUAGCGAAUUCUUUGCAACAGCACUUGCGAUUGGCCGACAAGAUGGAAGCAAAUCGAACGAUUUUAGCCGAGAGGCGCCGUUCUGCCGCAGCCGAACAGGUCGGUCUCCAACCGACUUUAAAGAAGCUGAUUGAACGCACUAAAGAGUUGCAGGCAGACCUCGAGAAAAACAUUUCCAAGAAAUAUAACAAUAGGCCCGUUCAUAUCACCGGUGGUGUCACCUCCCUCUGAGAAGAAAAAGUUUAAGCAAACUUUUUGGGGUUUUUCUGUUUAUUUUGAUGGUGAGAUUCUCUAUAAUAAUACAAUCUUUAUCUUAUUCAA